CCCCUACCACCAAAGCUCUGAUAUACAUAUAUAUCUCACCGUCUGUCCAGGUUCUCAGCACAAGCACCAGUUGCUUCACAGAAAGAGAUGGGAAAAGCUGAGAAAGAGCAACUGAAGAGAACCCUGAAUUCUCACCUCAACACCAUCCAUGAAACCUUCCAGGUGUUAAAUCAAAGCCCAGCUUCUUCUCUUGACAAAGUGAGCUGGGAGGAGGUCAUAAAGGUGGGCGAAGAAGUCUCGAAACAAGCUACCAUGGCUGGAAUGCUUUGGGCUGGAGAAACACCGGAAGUUAGAGCACUUGAGGAGAACAUGGCAGCAUACUUCAAUAUGUUACUGGGUUUCCUUUUGCUUUCCCAUGGAAGUACAGUGGGUGCAGGGCAUACUCUGUCUUCCAGCAUACAUGCAUCCGUGAAGCAAGUUGUUGAUUGCAGUUUUAAGUUGUUCAUGGAAUCUGUCUCUACUUAUGGAUCUCACAAUAAAGACCAAAAACUCUCAAUCCCACAGUUAGUCGGUGCAGUAUGGGAAGCGUCUUCUGCUCUUAAAAAGACUCCUUCCUCAAAUAUCACAGCCAUUGGGCGAUGUAUGACACAAGUUGCAUUUUCUAUGAAGGAUGUUCUUCGUGAGAUGAAGGAGCUCAAGCCAGGUUCCUCCGAACAAACGGAUGAAACCUACAAUGAUGCUUCGAACAAAGCAGAAAGCGGGCCCCAAGAUGAUGAUGAUUCGUGUGAUGAUGAUCUAGGCAAUGACCUGACACCCGAAGAGAUGAAAAUUGCCAAAUCGGCAACAGAAGUUGUGUCUCAGAUGCUCCUAGUUACAAAGGAACUUAUCCGCACCAUCACAGAUUUGAUUAAACUGGAAAAUCCAAACGACUGCAGUGACUUCGUGGAUUCUUUGGAGAAAGUGUUGAAGCUCUGUCAAGAAAUUGGGACACAGGUUGAUGAGCUUGGAGCUUGUCUUUACCCCCCGCAAGAGGUUCCAGCUAUGAAGGCUGCUUCUGAGAAAAUCUCCAGCAUCAUUGAUGACAUCCAAGUAGAGUUGGAGAAUAUUAGAGGAACUUCACAAGCUUUUCUUCGGGCCUGCGAUGGUUUGAGGAGUUCACUUAGACAGUUCGAAUCUGACCUAGAUUGUCCAAGUACUGCUGAUCUGGAAGCCAAAAUGCAAGACGUCACUUUGAGCAUUUAGGAUGCUGAGAGAUUUACUGAUAGUGUAUUUUGUAAUUACCUAAAAACUGCCUUUCAGGACCUUUAGAGGAAUUCUUUGGAUACAAAAUGUGUUAUGUCUUUUUA